AUGGGUGUAAUACUUGAAGAAGGAGAAGAACGGGAACCGACAUUGACACCGCCAAACGCCGGCGCCUUAUUAUUGCCGCCAGUAAAUUUUUCGACGGUGGAAGAUAACACCGUUUACCGUUCGGGCUUCCCGCAGCCAUCCAAUUUUUCUUUUCUUCGUUCCCUCAAACUUCGUUCCAUCAUAUAUUUGUGUCCUGAACCCUACCCAGAAGAGAACUGGCAAUUUCUUCAAUCCAAUAAAGUUAAGCUCUACCAAUUUGGAAUUGAUGGCACCAAGGAGCCAUCAGCCAUUCCAAGGAGUACUAUUACUGAAGCUUUAAAAGUUUUAAUUGAUGUGAGAAAUCAUCCAGUACUCAUCCACUGCAGACGUGGAAAGCAUCGGACUGGGUGUCUUGUGGGUUGCUUAAGGAAGUUGCAGAACUGGUGUUUGUCUUCAAUUUUGGACGAGUACAAGAACUUUGCUGGCACAAAAUCGAGGGAGACCGACUUGAGAUUUCUUGAGAUUUAUGAUAUUUCAUGUCUAAGGCAUAGCCUACAGAGCCUCAUCUACCAGUACCAGGGGUAUGGUCUGCAGAAGAGACGCUUGCUUUACAGAGAAGAUUGCGUACAGAAGCCGAGGAUGAGUUCAGUGCAGUUAGCCUAA